UGAGGACAAGCCAUCGGGGAAAGGUUUCGACACCCCCAAAUGAAAUACACCUGUUGAGCUGUUGGUUCUGCAUUCAGUCCACCACAUUCAGUCUGGAUUGGAAUCACCUUUGAAGAUGUUGCUAGUUGAAGCUGUCAAACAGGUUGCUGUUGCUAGUUUUGUACUAGCGGUGCUACUCGUCCGGCAAUCCAGAGGAUGUCAAGUGAUGGGCUUCACAGGCCUGACCAAAUACAAUGACCAGAAAAUAACCCUCCCAAUUGAACCACUGCAAACAUUUGAAUCUGUGAGAGAUGAUCUGGAAUGCGCCAAGGAGUGCACAUCCCUCGUUAGAUGUUCAAUGUUUGCUUUUAACGAGCAGAGUUUGGAGUGCUCCCUCUUUCCUGCUCCUGCCUUUAAAUACAAUUUUUUCCCGCUUUCUGCAAUAUCAUCUCCCGGACUACGAUAUUAUGCAGUCCAUACAGAUUGGUGCCCGGCGAGGAAAGGCUUUUUCAUAGACCGUGAAUCAGAGCUCUGCUACUACCAGUCACAGGAUAAGAGAACUUUUAACAACUCGGAGACCGCUUGUCAAGAACUGAGUCCAGGAUCGAGGCUUUUGAUGCUAAAAGAAACCAAAUAUCGAGAGGCAAUUGCGCGAGUCAUGAAUUCAAAUAUACACUUGACUAUGGACCACCUUUUUAUAGGAGGCUUGGACCUGAACACCGGAGAUGGCAUCAAGACGUACCACUGGAUUGAUGGCACGGAAGUUGUCGACCCCUUCUGGUAUCCAGGGGAACCGUCAGGUGACGCCAAUAAUCAGUUUUGUCUUGCGUACGCAGUUUUGAAAUUACACGACAUGGAUUGCACGAAUCAAAAUCGAUACUUUUGUGCAAUACCCAAAUGAGGAAAUGUGUUCUUCGGUGCCUUCAGACCCAUUCCGAGCUGGACAUUAUUACCCGCGCUACCAUAUGACGGGUUAAUAUGGAAGGUUAAUAUAUAAAUGUAUUUCAAUCAAUGUGCAUACUAUGUGCACUUGUUAUUUUGUUUAGAGAAUGUCGAUAACACGUUCAACUCUUCUUGAAAUAUGUCCACCUGUGCUGACAUUUUAAUAAUGGUAAAAACAGAUAGAGGGACCAUGGUAUAAGAAAGGACACGUGAGAUACCAAUUCGUAUGGAAUGGGACAGGUGUUGUUUGGUAUCGUUGCAACAACGUUACACGCGAAAUGCUGUCACAGCUGAACAGGAACGGUUUGUGGUUUGGGCACUGGAUGAUGGCUAGGAUCCAGUUGAGCACACAUUCUAUAGGGUUUCAAGAGCACACUUCCGUAAAUACAGACUUGGAUACAUUAAUUUGCAUGUACUGCACCAUGUUCUAUAGUAUGUAUGUAUAUGCAUUCGUUGGAGAUAUGAUGCAAGAGACCGUUCAUAAGUUAUGGCUAGGCGAGUGAUGACGAAUUUUAAGAGGCAUGUACAAUGUGAAUGACACCACCACCACCAUAAUUGCCCCCUGCCCCCGUAUUUUUGAGCAUUAAUAUUUAAUAUGGUUAGGUAUAAAAUUGAUGACCCCUACCUCCCAAGAACAAUCUGGUGAACCCCACCCCCACCCCACU